AUCUGACUAGUGUUAAUCCUCGUAGAUUUAUAUGAACAUGCCGAGUUGUGUAAAGAUAACUUUUAGCUGUGCUUUUACACUUUAUUGUCUGAACGAGUGAGGGGCAACCAACCAACCGGGCUUGAAAUUCAAAGUGAAGGAUCACCAUGAGUCUACGAGAGAUCAGCGAGAACGUGAAGCUAGCCCGCGAAUACGCCCUGCUGGGAAACUACAGCUCGGCCAGUGUUCUCUAUCAUGGAUUACUAGACCAAAUCAAGAAGUAUGUGUACACCGUGCGGGACAGCAGUUUUCAGCAGAGAUGGCAGCAGUUGUGGCAAGAAAUCAGUGAAGAGAAUCGACAGGUUCAGGACAUAAUGUCGACUCUGGAGAACUUUCAGCUGGACACGACGCCUGCAAAACCCAGUAACCACGACGACUGUGAAAUAAGGCCUGUGCCUGUAGAGCCGAGGCAUUCUCCCUGCCCUGUCAGGCGGCCAGCUAACCCCUAUAAAGAAAGCAAACCUCCCAACAACAGGCUGAGCGUGGCUGUGAGGGCCCAGCAGAGGCACUUGCCUCGCGGGGCCAAUGGAGACAGAAGCAAACCACCUAAAGGCAAAGAAAAGAGGGAGUCGAGAGAGGCUGCUGGCAAAGCUAAAGAUGAUAAGAAUAAAUCAGAUGUCCAAGACAAAGAGUUGAAAAAGUUUGACGGGACAGGAUAUGAUAAAGACCUCGUGGAAGCUCUGGAGAGAGAUAUUAUAUCUCAGAAUCCAAAUGUUAAAUGGGACAACAUCGCAGACUUGGAAGAUGCAAAAAAACUCCUGAAAGAAGCAGUUGUGUUGCCGAUGUGGAUGCCAGCAUUUUUCAAAGGCAUAAGAAGACCAUGGAAGGGAGUGCUGAUGGUUGGACCUCCAGGCACGGGGAAAACACUUUUGGCCAAAGCAGUUGCCACUGAGUGCAGAACCACAUUCUUCAACGUCUCCUCGUCUACGCUCACCUCCAAGUACAGAGGGGAGUCUGAGAAGCUAGUUCGCCUUCUCUUUGAAAUGGCACGCUUUUAUGCGCCAACGACGAUCUUCAUUGAUGAAAUAGACUCCAUGUGCAGCCGCAGAGGGACUUCAGAGGAACAUGAGGCCAGCCGGAGAGUCAAGGCAGAGCUACUGGUGCAGAUGGAUGGAGUCGGUGGAGCAUCAGAAAACGAUGAUCCUUCUAAGAUGGUGAUGGUGCUGGCGGCCACCAACUUCCCAUGGGACAUCGAUGAGGCUCUGAGAAGACGGCUGGAGAAGAGGAUCUACAUCCCUCUGCCUUCAACCAAAGGACGAGUAGAGCUGCUCAGGAUUAAUCUGAAGGAGCUGGAGCUGGCCAGCGAUGUGGACUUGAACAAGAUCGCAGAGCAGUUGGAAGGUUACUCAGGAGCAGACAUUACCAUCGUUUGCAGGGACGCCUCUCUGAUGGCCAUGAGGCGCAGAAUCGAGGGCCUCACGCCAGAAGAGAUCCGUAACAUUUCCCGUGACGAGAUGCACAUGCCCACCACCAUGGAGGACUUUGAGUCAGCUCUGAAGAAAGUGUCCAAAUCUGUGUCUGCAGCCGACCUAGAGAAGUACGAGAAGUGGAUCGAAGAGUUUGGGUCCUGCUGAAAAACACCAGCAUCCACGUCACUUGUAUGUGAACUAUUGUGAGACUGAGUCAUAGGGUUAUGGUGAGUGUUAGUACUGACUGUGUGUCAACUUAUGUCUGUGUGUUCUUUGAAUCAUUCAGGUGAUAAUGAAGAGUAGGUUUAUACUUAAGGUAAAUACGUGCACUUGAAAAAUGGCACCUCUUCCUAUUGUACAUUAUGUUAAUGUUAUGCAGAAGUCUUAAUGGAAAGAGGUGACCCGGGAGUCAACUUGAUGCGUGCUAUUUCUGUCAAAUAUUGACAUAUGUUAUUGUUUUAAUGAUCCUGAAAUCAUCAAGAUGUAAGCCCAAUCCAACUAUAGCUGUGGGGAAAAACUGACAAAUCUGAGGACACAAAGUUUCCUGCAACGCUCGGACAGUAGAGUUUAUUUCCAGAGAUGUUUCACUGCUAUUUUGUACCGUUGUAUCUGACAAUGAGAAACAGAGCUAACUGCCACUCAAAUGUUGCUCUUGUUUUUUCCUUUUUUAUGCACUUGAUUUUAUUUGGAGUUGUGUGGUUCUUCCACAUUUUUGGAAAUGUAAAUUCUUAAGCACAUAACACUAACAAGAUAUUUCUAUAAAUAAAGCUAACAGUGAUUAUGGAUAUUAACAUUGUUUUUCGUCAAAGUUUAUUUACUAAGCAAUUCGUCUGCUGGUGGGAAAAAACUACUACACCCAGAGGACAUGCUGAAAAGUUCACUCUCAAUCAUAAGUGGCUGAACUUCUGUUGAACCAGGCGAGGAGGUAGAUUUCUAACUUUUGAGUGUGCAUGGGUGGACAGAAACAGGAAAGCAGUAAGAGGAGGUGGCAUAGAGGGGCUCACACACUGCAUCACAGGAUACACCAACUUCAUCCUGAGCCUGGAAAAGAUCCCUGUACUGGUGAAGACUUAGCGCCUGGACCUGGUAGCCAAGAAGAGGUACUGCAAAGGAAAUGACUACAGACCCAUGGUCCUGGCAUCCAGUAUGAUGCAGGCCCUUGAAAGACUCAUACUCUUUCCCACCUCAGGACCCUGCAGCUUGCUUACUGGGAGAACAUUAGAGUGACCAGCACUCUCCAGGUUUAUUCCCACCCAGAUGAGGCUGGGAGCACAGUGAGGAUGUUCUUUGAUUUCUUCAAUCCUUUAAACACCAUACAGCCUCUGCUGUUGGGAGAAAAGCUCAAGAGUGAUGCAGGUGAACACUCCUCUUGUGUCCUGGAUUACAGAUAUCUGGACUGGCAAGCUACAGGCAUGACUGUGAAGCUAAAGUCAGAGGUGUUUAGGGUAAACAGAAAGUGGAAGAGGACAGUCACCUCCACUGAGUCUAUAUUCAUGUUGUGCCACCUGCAGACAUGCGGAUGUUCUCUGAUGGCUCUGCCACUGUCAGAUCUACAAGUGGACAACAGGAGGAGGAAUACAGGCCUGUUGGACAUUAGCAAGACAAAUGAGUUUCAUUUGGACUUUUGCCGGACAAGACGGAUAAUUUCCAAAUCCUAAACUUUGGCUUUCAAGUAUUAAACAAGCCAAAAUGUGCCCUUCACCAAAUGUAAUACCAUUUUAUUUUUUAUAUAAAAUGUAUAAAAAAAAAUCAUAAAUGCUUUUCAAAAUUUGUAUUUAUUUCUUAAAACAAGUGUGUUGGAAGUUGUUGCUUCUCCAUCUGCAAGCUCAUUUUGCAUACUGCUUUCUGUUUGGUUUUCUUGUGGGUUUUUUUGACCAUCCAAAGUUUUUGUGCGCAGAAGAAAUGAUCUUUGGUACAAUUUUUUCCAACCGGUGCUCAGUGAUGUUAAUUCCUCAUGUGUCUUUCCUGCAAGUUGAUUGGCUGCUGUCAGGCUGGUUCAAACCAAGUGGAUGUGGGGAAUUAAGUGUCUGCUUGCCAGGAAUAGAUAGUGUUUUUCUGAUUAAUAAAUGAAUUGAUUUAUGGCGCACUGUAAAUAUGCUUUUUAAUCUUUGAUCUUGGGGGAAGGUAGGUGUGGGGAAAACCAAGUUAAGUCAUGAGUCAUUGGUGUUAAAGUCCAAGUUUGGUUAGUCUUUUUUGGCUUUUCGAGUCUACAGUCAUCAAAUUUGUGACUUGAGUCCACACCUCUAAAACUACUGUAUGCUGAUG